CGGCGACCGCGGCAGUCUCAGGGGUGGGGGGUUGCGAAGGCUUUCCUCGCUGCCUCAGUGUUUCUUUUCAUUUUGUUUUCUUGAGUGUCGUGUCGGUCCUUACCGCCUUCGGCCCUGGAUUUUACGCCGUGCCCUCGACGUCGCCAUCAACGUAAGUUCGAUACGACUUCUCUGCUUUCGGAAGGGAGUCGACUACGUUGCCGCGCCGCGCGCUCUCGUAGUCGGUCGCCUUCCUACGGCGCGCGCGUAGAAAACGGGCGCAGCCAGCGGCAGCACUGCAUGCGAGCGAAGCCAGGAAAAAAAAAAAAAAGGAAUACAAGUAGCGCCAUCUGUCGACGCAGCUGUCAAGCAAGCUGUGUCGCCAGUCGCUGCUAGAAGUGCGAGGGGUUGCUAAGCCUAACGCCACGCUUAUUUCUCCUCAUUUCUCCUCCUCGCGUUAUCUUCCCUCGCCGCUUGCCCGCGCUACGCCCGUUCUAGCGGCGUUUUUCUGUGGCUGCUGCGGACAUCGGCAGCAGCAGCGGCUUGCAAGUAGCCCCGGAAAACGACUGGCAACAAACGAAAAAGCAAAACAAGUGCGGCGUCUUUCCAAACAAGACUUCUCCGUGGUUUGUGGUGGUCGCGGAAUAUCGCCGUUUCCAAGCCGAAGGGAUGCUCGUUCCUUUCUUCGACGGUGUUCACAAGUGGUGGUUGUGCUGGUGGUGUUAAGUAGUGGUGGUGGUUGUGUUGCUGCUUGGUGUGUAGUGCAGCGAGGGAGGAGGCCAGCGCCAGCUAUUCACGCUGGCCGGCCUUGCACUGUGAAUGCCGCUGCACCGUCGGCCAACGAACGGCAGUGUCGUGGAUGAGUCGCAAUCCACUGCGUGUUGUUCCCUGCGCCGCUGGCUCGCUGGACCCUGGGUCGUUCCGUUUCUAUGUGCACUGCCAUAGCAGCCCCUUUCCUUGCGGUCCUCGGUGAGCUGGCUUCCCCAACGCGUUGCGUCUCCUGAACGUCGUCUCAAGGGCAGCUCAUCGGUUCUUCGUUUCUACUUUGCGCUCGCGUGUGUCUCUCUUUGUUCGUGGUGGUGGUUGGGAGUAGCGUGUGGCGCUGGCCCUGGCGUCGUCGGCAUCCCGAUCACGGCGGUGAUGGCCGCCCCGGCGCGCGCGCCGGAGAAGAACCAGCGUUGGCGGGUCUGCAGCGCGGCUGUGUCGACCACGAGCUCCGCCGAGCGUCAUCAGGCGCGAUGAGCGAACGCCAGCAGCACGGCCGCCAGCAGCAGCCGCACCGCCGGUCCUCUUCGUCCCAGGCCUCGGAGGCGCCGGACGCCGGCCGCAAGCUGAAGCGGCCCAAGAAGGAACCCGCGGCGGCGUCGCCCGCGAGGGCUCCGACGUCGUCGACCUCCACGCGGUCUGCCCCCUCGUCCCGACGUCCCAGCGAACCGGUCAAGGCGGCCGCGGUCGCCACGUCCGCGCGUAGGAACUCCAAGUCCAAGGCACAGCCACCUCCCAAGCCCCAGCCAAAGCGGAAGCCCGAGCCGCCGCCGGCUAGGCACAACGGAGAGCGCGUCGGCCGCAAGCGCAGAGCGGGUGUUGGCCGUUCGCAAGGCAUCCUGGGCCUGUGCGACUCAUUCUCGUCGCAGUGCGACCUGCGGGGCAGUCGCUCUGCUUCCGCAGUUGUGCCGCCGGGGGCCGGUGGUGGUGCCCGGACGGUUGAGCCGGUCCCGAGCCCCGGCCCCAACCUGCGGCCCAAGUUUCCCGCCUUCCUGGCGUCCAUGGCGGCGGUCGAGGAUUGGCCCACGGCCCGCGUCCAGCGUGUCGCCAGCCUCAAUGCUAUGGCCAAGGUGCACAUCUUGUACGAGAACGAGAGCCGCCCGGCCAUCGUCGAAGCAGACGACGCGCAGGAGGACUGCAAGGCCCUGGUGCCGCUGAGGACGGACCACCUGCCAUCGCCGUCCCCGCCGCCGCCGCAGUCUUCUCCGCCCCCGUCUCCUCCCGCGCCAACCACGGGCACCAGGCGGAAGAAGAAGGCCAUCGUCGCCCGAAAGGUGAUCAAGAGGAAGCGCGACGUCCUCGAUGCCGACGUGGAGAUCAUCGACACGCGGCAGUGCCGGCGCAUGGCCAGCCUCAAUGCGCAGGCCAUCAUGGCGGCCAGCUACAGUCGGGAGCGGAGCAGCCGCAAGUUCGACAAGGAAUCUCCAUCGUCAUUCUCUUCCUCGUCCUCUUCCUCAUCGUCAACUUCAUCGGCAGCUUCGUGCGAGCUUAAGGUCGUACACCACCACCAUCAGCAGGAGAUUGUUGUCUGCUCAGUGCAGACGAAGACCGUCCACAAGACGGUGCAGGAGAAGGCUGAAGUGCCGGUGUUGCCCAGCGCCCCCAAGGGGCCGCACGGCGACGCGGUGGUCAGGCGCCCGCGCAAGAGCGACGCCAAGGCCGGGUCGUCAACGGCAGGCGACGCGACGGCGUCCUCGUCGGUGGCUGUGAGCGAGUACCGCGAAGUGGUGCGCAUCAACACCACCAAGGAGAUGGCGGUGAAGGACGAGCGGCGCGAGAAGGAGGGUGUCACGCACCUCUACCACUACCACACCAAGGCCACCUGCAUGCAGAUGCAGACGACGUACAGCGGACCACCGAGCCCCGUGCCGUCACACCCCGCAGUGCUGGGCCCUCAGGCACCGGGGUAUGACCGGGGUUUGCACUCGGAGUGUGCAUGGUAUUACGGUCCGCCGUCGUACCCUCCCGCCCUGACAGGUCCGCCACCUCCUCCGCUGGCAGCGGCGGCGGCGCUCAUGCCCCCGCCCACGGCCAGUGCUAGCUCGGCACCAGGUCCUCCUGCCUACGGGGUGAACCACGUCAUGCCCAUGAGCGGGGCGCCCGUGCACCGGCACUACGGUAGCGCCUUCACAGUUCCCCACUAUGGCCAUGCGGUUCCGUACCCACAGGCAGAGUACAUGCCCGGCUACUACCAACCUGCGGGGCCAACGAUCCAACCGCCGCCGCACGACCAGUGCCUCAUUCACAAGCCCGUGCCGUACCACCCGCAGCACCGGCCCGCUCCGGUUCCCCUGCCACCACCACCCCCCGGCGGGUUUGCCUCUCCCCACUGUGCCUCGCCUCUGUGUCCACCGCCCCCUCCCCCGCACUGUUACUCAGAACACAUGCCUUGCAGCCCCCCGCCAGCGCCCCAAGGCAGCACAGCCCCUGGACCCGCCCCUCCCCAGGCCUACCCACCCUAUCGGCCUGGCCCCUACCACACCCAGCCUCCUUUCCAGGCACCGCCCUCCGCCUCCAGCUCGUCCAGCGCUUCGCCCCAAGUGUCGUCCUCCUCCGUGGCACCGCCCCCGGCCCCGCAGCCCCCGUCGACCACCGACUCGUACCAGAUGUCGACGACGGCGUCCGCGGCAGCCGUGCCCAAGUCGGAGCCCGUCACACCACCAGAGACAAAGUCGCCAUCGCAGGGCAACGACUUUUCAGACGCUUCCAAAGCGGCGGGUAAAGAUGGUGGGGCCAACGGCGAGUCGCGAACGACCCCGUUCCAGCCAGAAGCGCAGCUGUCUGUGGCCGAGCCGCUAGUCCUAACAAAGAACGCGCCCAAGCCGUUGUCGGGGAAGGCUGCGGCGACAACGCUGCAGCCGGAGACGAACAUUGCGGCAGUGGAAGCAGUGGUGCCCGUGAAAAAGAGACCGAGGAGCGUGGAGAAGCAGAUCAAAACCGGCACGGUGACGGCGCAGCAGAGGUUGGGCCGAGCCUCUUCGGCAGAAGAGCGAUCGGCAGACAAGAAGAGCACUUCGGCAAAGGCCGUGAAACGGAGCUUCGUGAAGAGCAGCGAUACGGACAAGGUGUGCCUGCCGGCGGCCAAGAACGGCAUCAAGAAAUCCCUGCCAAACCACGUUGCAGCCCUGCGUGUCGCCGAGAAAAAGAGGCAGAGGCUAUCCGUCGGACCAGAAGCGGACGCCCCUCCAACCGAGAAGGAGCCGUCCGAAACGUCAGACAAAGUUCCCUCUUCCGCGUCCGUUGCACCAGUGCACGCGGCGAGCAAGAAAAGUGCCGUCGCAACGAACGCUGCCACCAACGACAGUGAGGGUGUUGUGAGCGAACGUGCCGCGAGUCCGUUGCCGCCGCCGCAGGCCAAGGCACGGAAAGAGAACGGCUCGACCGCCGCGCACUCCUCGGUGGCGGUGACGAAGAAAGUGCAGCUGUCUUCCGCGACUGGUGCGGUGGUGCCCAAAAACUCUUCCCUGCUGCAGGCCAGCAAGACGGCAGUCGUAGUGCUUCCCCCAAGGCUGCUGUUGAGUAGCAACAACAAGCGACCACCACGGAGGAAGUUUGCCCACGGGUGGUCUUGGGACGGCGAGCCCUUCCAGAAGGUCAUCGUCAUGAACAACGAGGACACUCCACGCUUCCGGCUGUGCUUCCCGGCGAUGCGGCACGUCGAGGGCGACGUGAUUCGGGUGCGGGACUGCGUGCUUCUUCGGUCGGGGCCGCGCAAGAUCGACCUGCCGUUUGUGGCCAAGGUGGCGGCGCUGUGGGAGAAUGCGGACGACGGCGAGAUGAUGAUGAGCCUUCUGUGGUACUAUCGGCCCGAGCACACGGACCAGGGCCGGAAGUCGCACCACAUGGAGGACGAGAUAUUUGCCUCCAAGCACCGCGAUGCCAACAGUGUCGCCUGUAUCGAGGACAAGUGCUACGUGCUGACCUUUGCCGAGUACUGCAGGUAUCGAGCGAAAGCAAAGAUGCUCGAAGAAGGCGUCCGGCAACCGGCACCAGUCGUGCCAGACCAGGAAGGUGGCUACCCCCGGCAAGACAGGCUGCCUCCCGGUCGAAUGGACCCGCAGAUGGUGUUCUUCUGCAGGCGGGUGUACGACUUCCGUCAGAAGCGCAUCCUCAAGAACCCUUCCUGAAACCGUCGUGCCCAGAGGUCCGCCCCACCCCUCCCCCCCACUUUCUUCUCCGAGGACAGCUUUAGACAACAGAUGACUCAUCAUUCCGGCACAGCGGUGUGACCCACAGCACAUCCCGCGUUCCGUCUGCUCUAUUUUUUACUCUUGUUUUCCGUUAUUCUUCGUUUGUUUACUCGUGGGUGCCGUUCUCAAAGGGCUCCGAUUGUUCGUCCGGGUUCGGGCAAUAGACGCGAAUGUCGUUGUGCAGUUUCGUGUUUUCAUUGUCGACGAAAAGCGUUGCACACUCCCGCUUGGCACGUGUUCUCGAUGGCAUCUCAAAGGGGUGGAACCGAGCUAUCCGUGCCAUCAGGAAAGACAGCUUGCCAAAGAGCUUGCAACGUGGUGCGGCUCGCAACGAUAGGUUUUGGAGUGCAGCUUUCGUCGCUGUCGAUGCGGACAUAUUUUGGUGUUGCGGUAGCAUUCUUAUGCAGUGCAAUGAGUGGUGAAGCCAGGUGCUUGCGGAUUGGUAUGUGCGAUAAUCUCGUGCAGCUGGAAAUUAGCAAGACGCUGCCAGGGCAUUGCCGGCAGCCACUGUAUUGAAACUGUGCCCACGGUUAGGUGACCAAGUUGAGGGACGUAAUUCGCCACAGAUGUUCAAAACGAAAUGCUGCCCUUUACAGAUACGCCGUUCCUAUGCAGUACGUAGAGCUCUUUCGCCUGUACUUUGUCACUUGGGUUUGUACAUUGCAUCUUUUCUGUGGAAGAAGCGAGCUUUCACCGAGCUUAAUGCAGCACAUUUCGCAGGAAGCCAAAGCUUUGAGGAUUUGAAGGGCAAAUGUCGGAAAACUCAAAACAACCAAAUACCUGAUCAAAAGAUCCGGGUGCAGCCUAAUUCCUUGCAGUAUUGGAGGUUUUGUGGCUGCUACAGUAGAUAGCAGUGAUGGUAAUUCUGCAAAACUGCAGAUGAUGGUAAUUCUGCACAUUUGGUGUUACGAUAAUUGCUACAAAGUUAUGGCCCCUUUCUUUUGGCACAAUCAUCUGCGAAACACUGCUGGAAGUGGAGCCGGUACACGUAAAAAUAUUGGAAGUAAAACGUAGCCGUUACCACGCGCUCUUGUUGUAAUAGAUUUUCAGUGGGGGUGUGCAAAUCCUCGGAAUUUUAAAUACAAAUUGAUUGGCACAUUUGUUCGCUCGGGGCACAUGAAGGAAUAACUACACUUACUGGAGCUUUGAGGGGAACUGAGUGAUGGCCAUGAGGAUUGCUGCUGAGGCUGUGGCGGUGGGGGCACAGGACGCAUUAUUUCUGUUCAUGCAAUGAGAAUGGUUUGCUUUUAGGCAUUCUAGCCUGUGUACAAAUUGGUACAACUUAUUCAGUCUCACCGUGUUUGCAGUUCGUUAAUCAGUUAAUCAGUCUCACCGUGUUUGCGGCCAAACAAAUGCACAGCAGUAUUGUGCUGUAGUAUCACCCUGGUCUUCUUCGACAAACAUAGCACGGCGCAUAACAUGUCUCCGUUCUGUUUCGUGGCUGUCUGCACACCCCUAAGUUUUCUCGUACAAUUAGAAGGCACAAUCAGUUUAGAGUGAUGCUUGUGCACUUGAGCUGUGCCUGUGGUAAAUUUGUUUACACUUUAAUGUGUCCUUGCGUCAACUCGAUUAGUUGCCCGAGUUAAUUGCGAAUUCGUCUUUCGUUAAACAGCCGCAUCUGUAUAUGGCUGGCUGCCAACCCUCAACGACUUCAUUGCGCCCUCAUCGCAAAACUGCUUGCUUGUUUCUUGUGGAAGAGUAAAUUUUUUAUUUUACACAUCGCAGUAUUUCUUCUCGAUCUGCAAAUGUACAAGAAAGGUUGCAAGCUCAUUUAAUCCAAGGCAAGAUCAGAGCACGGAAAUCGUCUUGUAUGGAAAACGCACAGCAAGUGUCUUCUAACGACAAAAACAAAGAACGCCGUAACACUUCAGCUGCCCACAUGGCAGCCUCCACACCUGAAUUCUGUCUUCACAGCAUAUCCCCAUCUUCCUCGCUCCUAGUUUCCGAAAGAGAAUGCUGACGACUGAGAUACGGAGCUGAAACACCUACGACCGUUGGGAACACACCCUGUAAAAAAAAUCGGGAAUGCGGACCAAUCGUGAUCAAACUUGAACAAGCACAGCAUCUAUCGUCAUCCUUCAGGAGAAAUGUACCACAGUCAUCAUUCCCACUGUCAACUGCUGUGUUGCUAAGGCUGCCCUUUUAGAGACAUUCUUUUUUCUCUCGAUCGGCACAAAGUAACCGCGAUGCCGUGCUGCGGCAUUGUGUGUGUCUCAGACAUUGCUGUGGUUGUCGUGCAGUGGCCACAUACGUCGUACGGAGUGUGCGCCUCUGCUUGAACUAUGUUCCACUCACAGUGAUACCCAGCUUGCUAAAAAAAAAAACACGAGCAACAUUGAAUCAAUGUGCGCUCACACCAUUGGGAGCCAUUCAAAGAGGCACAGGCAUUAUUAGCAGUUCAGUGGCGCCCUCAUGCUUCUCUGCCUGAAGUUCUGGUAUGUGCGGGUAUGGACGGGGUGUGCUUGUGCCGGAACUCGUGUCAAUAAUUUCUUGUGAAAAGUUUAUUUUUCCGCCACCGUGAAUCUGCUGUCUGCGCGCUCUUUGCGAUUCCGAAACCUAGGUGCAUCCUCGGUUUUUUUUUAAGCUUAGUUGUGCACUGCAGUUCAACACGGCGCCACUUGGCAUCGGCUGCUACAAAUGCAAUGGAAUUACUGCAGCGGCACAAAUGAACACUUCUAGCGAAUUCCGCGAGCUUUUGCCGCUAGGAUUUCCUCGUCCGCCUGCUUUAUUUAAAUCUCGCCGUAUGCCUUAUUUUUUGCUCUACAUUGUACAAAGAAGCACCCAGCUAAUUUUUUUAUACGUUAUCACUUUUCUGUCGUGUUUGCCCGGGAUUGGUGGUCGUACGCACUGUGCCACUAAUCCGGACCUUCUUUUUCCUCCCUGCAUUUAUGCAACUGAGACAAUGCCUACCUAUAUAUAUAAGUACAUAUAUAAAUAUAAAUAUAUAUAUAUAUAAUAAAGUAUAUGGAGAUGCACACAUUGCGUUAGUCAGUCAUCAAGCUGUUAGUGUGGGCAACUUCAGAUUCUUCUUUCACGCCCCCCCUCCUCCAUUUUAUUUACCUUUUUUUUUUUACUGCACAAGGACUUUAAUAUAUACACUUGUUUUCUGCACAUUUCUGCUGCCUGUAGAAUUUUUGCCCUUGUUUCAUUAUGUGCUGCGUGUGUCUUUACAUUGACAUGUAUAUGUAUACUUCAUUAGCUCUGUGCUUUUCAGAAUGGAAUGUGUCCGUAAAGGUUCAGACCCACUUAUUUAUUCUUAAGUGAUUCACUUGCCCACAUUUUAAAAAAAACACCCAUUUUUUUGUAUAAAUAUUCAGGUGAACCUCACGAGGAAGUCUCAUAUAGCACGAAAUUAACACUUCAUUGUGUUUAAAAUGUGCGCAGUUGGUAAGAGACUGAUUUAAAUCGAAUUUGUUACGUUCAGUAAUUUGCUAUAUCCUUGCAUGCUAUAUCUAAGUUGAACUGUUAUCGGAAAGCUUAAAGAGAACGCUGCAAGGUGGACAUAACAGGGGUAACUAGCCCAUCUUGGAUCCAUAAGCCAGUUCCUUAUCUGCGGCUUCGUCGGAGCAGGUGCGAGAUUCUUUUGCGGCCAACUUGAUGCGAGACACUUUACACGAGUGUUUCAUCGUUUUUCUUGUUUAUGUCUACACAGGGGUCAGUUGUAGCAGUCUUCUGAGCUGUGUCUGAUACGAGGGUCCACUCUGUAUUUAGGCCUGUGUGUAAAUGUGACACGGAAAUAAAAAAAUCACUUCCCCGCGUUUUAACACCUACGACCUGCUUAAAUUAGGGAGCUUCCGGCACACUGCACUGCCGAGACCAGCGUUUUGGGUUGACGAAACGACGCUUUCACGGCAGCUGUUAAGCGACUCCUGCGCAAGUUGGGUACUAGGUAGACCUUGCCAGUUAAUUGCCAACAAAGCGCGUUGCUCGUCAAGCCCGACAGCCCUCAUUUCGGAGAGGGAUUAUUUCGAGCUGCGUGUUGACGACUGCGGCGGGUUUGCGAGUCUGGGUUACUCGGUCGUGUGGGACCCGCUCGAUAAAAACUGUUCAGAUGUCUCUAAGCUUGCUAGUGGGUAGUCUUUUUAUUCUUGGUUAGCGCUUGUGUGGUGUGUCUGGUGCAACAGCUUGUGGUAUAUCUGCUGCAGUGUCGCUUGCUCGCUGUGUGUUAGCCUUGUGGUGACUUUUCGUUGUUUUCUAUCGCGUUCUAAAGACAGCGGGCCCAGCACAAAUCCUUGUGCCUGUGUAGUGGGGCAAGUGUGGGCCCCACCUCUGCAUGCUGUGCUGCUGUAAGGGUCAGUGCAAACAAGAAUUAUUGCUAUAGGUCGUUGUCCUUCAGAAUGAUGCAGUGUUGUCUUUCGGACCUGAUGCAGAAUUUUUUGUGUGUUAUAACUUUGCUUGGACUCGCGAAUGCCUUUCGCUUGCAAAUUUUUGUUCAGCAGUUUCAGCUGCCGCUUCGCGCUCAAUAUUAAAUGAGGAAAUUGACUGGGCUAACCUCAGAAGUAAGGUUUAGUGGUUAUUGUCACAGGCUUUAAAGCGUUAGGCCUAGCAAGGACUAGUUAGUCCUAGCUAGGACUAACACAGUGUUGCAGGCUCUCAUACGCCUUGAUCCUUUUGUAUCAGCUGGGACAGACGUGCCAAGAAGUGAUGGUACUGGUCGCUACGUUUUUACGCUGCCAUUGUUCAUACGGUGCAGUGCAAAUCCCUGGGUGACGCGCUGGCAACGUGGCUGUCACAUCCCCGCUAUUCAUAAAUGUAGUGAAACCACUAGUUUCCAGGAUUAACCCGCAAAUUUAUAAUUCGGCGUUGAUUAAACUUGGGGGUGACGGAUACACCGUCGACAUCACCAUAGCUUGUGAGCUGGCUCUGAUGAGUUUGUCACUUCAUUCUUUCAGAUUUCACUCAGGUACUCUUUUGUUUGUUGCAUUUUGAGCUUCGUGAAAUGGUCAGGUGGUUUUUUAAAUCAAAAUUUCGGACGUUUCAGUAGUAUCUGCUUGACAGCUACAUGGCAGAGUAACCUUCCAACUUUGAAACGUCUCUUCCUUGAUUUUCUGCCCUCUCGCAAGUACCAUCGAUUAGCUUUUAGUAGCUGCUUGCUUUGUCUGAAAGGUGUAUCGCAUUUGUGGGCAAAGCCAUGUCCUUUGAUGUGUUCCAAGUUAAACCGGAAUUUUGAAUGGGACUGCACCGUUCGAUAUGAUGCAGAAUGACACGGCUGGGCACAUGCAGAAUCCGCUUUUUGCGUUUCAAGCUGUAAAGUCCACUCUCUCAAUCGAUCAGCUAGACUACCCCCUUGCACAUUGUAUGUCGUGUGUGAAGUCACCGAAGAAUGCCCAUCUGUGAUAGGUAGUAGUUUAUACAUUGGUGACGCGAGCGAACGCCGUACUUGGUGGCGUCGGCCGGCAUUUUUUUUUUUCUUUCUUUUCGCGGCGGCGCCGGGAUGGUGGGAGUGUUUAGACCGCGGCGCCAUAUUUGUGCCGCCGCUCGGCGUCCUUCCGAUGCAGACGACAACCGCGCGGACUUCUGCGCAUUGUCGUCUGCUCAACACAGUGCCGAUCGUCUGUCUGCGCGGCACAGACGCGUCGUAGCAGACGACGCCAAUAUUUUCUCUUUAUUUUGGCGGUUUUCUGACGCGGCCGCUUUGCGAGAGGAAUCGAGAAGAAGCGCUCUCUCCCUUGGGAGCACUGCCUAUAUAAUAUAUCUAUGUGCGACACAUUUUGAGUAUAUCUAUAUAUACUAUGUGUGUAUCGAUAAGUGUGCCUCUGCGAGUGGCUUAGAAAGCAGUUCUGGUGGUCUGUUAUACCUUGCGGUGUACUUUUCCCUCUCCAGUUACUACUAACCUCCUUGCCGAGUCGGCAGCCUAAGUGUGUUUUUCGCCAACCCUUUCUUUCGCCACCCCAUCUUCAUUUUAUCACUGCGUUAAUUGUUUUUGCCAGAUCAGUUUGUUCGUGGAUUUAUCUGUGUUGUUGAACGAUGCCUGUUCCUCUUUUUCCCCUUCACAGAAAAAUCGAAAGUGCAUUUGAUAAUGAGAGUAAUAAAAAGAAUGAAAAGAAAA